AUGCUCCAAAUCAUUAAAAAUGACGCUCAGUGUUUGAAGAAAGGGUUGGAUUUGGUGGCGAGCAAACUCCCUCUCCCUAACCCUAACCCUAAUCCUAACCUCCUCAACCAUGUCGAGGACGCUAUAUGGCUUCGCAAUUUCGAGGAUCCAUCUCUUAAAGCCCCUCUACCUCCUCUCCUAUGGCCCCAGCCUUGGUACUCAGGACUCACUGGUCUGGAGUUAUUGCUUGCUGAUCUUAAAGCUUUGGGGGAAUAUGCUGAUUAUUUAAGACAUGCUUCCAGAAUAUGGCAUAUUCCCCUCCCAGAAACCUAUGAUCCAGAGCUGGUAGCUGACUAUUUUAGCUGCAGGCUUCAUGUCCUAAUCUUCCGAGUAAUUGAGGUAUUUUUUUCAUUUGCAUCUGCCGCAAUCAAAAUGAGAACCUCGGCAAUUUUUAAAUCACGUGGAUCUCGCAUGGAGCCAAAUGAUGGAAGAAAUCAAUCACAAUAUUACAUGGGGACCUUAUUGAAAGAAGCGAUGCUAAAUCUUGGACCAACUUUUGUGAAAGUUGGGCAAUCACUUUCAACCAGGCCAGACAUAAUUGGUUCUGAAAUUUGCAAGGUAUUGUCUGAGCUGCAUGAGCAAAUUCCUCCUUUUUCUAGGAUCAUGGCCAUGAAGAUUAUUGAGGAAGAAUUAGGCUCUCCUGUGGACAGUGUUUUUAAUUUCAUUUCUGAAGAAGCUGUUGCUGCUGCUUCAUUUGGUCAGGUCUAUCGUGCCUGUACUUUAGAUGGUUCGACUGUUGCUGUAAAAGUUCAACGGCCUAGAUUGAAUCAUGUUGUACUGCGAGAUGUCUACCUUCUCCGCCUUGGUUUAGGGUUAUUGAGGAAAGUGGCAAAAAGAAAGAGUGAUCUUUGUUUAUAUGCUGACGAGAUUGGGAAAGGCUUACUUGGGGAGUUGGACUACACUCUAGAGGCUGCAAAUGCCACUGAAUUCCGGGAGGUUCACGCUCGAUUCCCAUUCAUGGCAGUUCCAAAAGUGUUCACCAACUUGAGUGGAAAGAGAGUCAUAACAAUGGAAUGGUUGGCUGGCGAAAAACCUAAUGAGCUACUUUUAUUAUCUCAAGGCUUGAACUAUCAGAGUGUUGGGAAUUUAGAGCAACAGCAGCUAGAGGCUAGAAAAUGUCUCUUUGAUCUGGUUAACAAAGGAGUGGAGGCAUCACUUGUUCAACUUCUGGAGACAGGCUUGUUGCAUGCUGAUCCACACCCUGGAAAUCUGCGAUACACACGUGCCGGACAAAUUGGGUUUCUUGAUUUUGGUCUGCUUUGUCAGAUGGAGAAAAGGCAUCAGCUUGCAAUGCUUGCUUCGAUCGUUCACAUUGUAAAUGGGGACUGGUCUGAAUUUGUGCGUGAUCUAUUUCAAAUGGACAUCAUAAGGCCAGGAACAAAUGUCCAAGUUGUCACCAUGGAACUGGAAGAUUCCUUAGGUGAGGUAGUCUGGAAGGAUGGACUGCCUGACAUCAAGUUCAGUCGGGUUCUGGGGACAAUCUUGUCAAUUGCUUUCGAAUAUCAAUUCCGUAUGCCUCCAUACUACACAUUGGUCUUGCGUUCGAUUGCUUCAUUGGAAGGAUUGGCUGUGGCUGUAGAUCCAACUUUUAAGACAUUCCAAGCUGCAUAUCCAUAUGUUGUUCAAAAACUCCUUACGGAUAAUUCAGUUUCUAUGAGGAGAAUCUUACACUCGGUGGUUUUCAAUGCACGGAAGGAACUUCAAUGGAAGAAACUGGCAUUGUUCGUGAAAAUAGGUGCAACUAAAUAUAGGAAAAGCAAUGGUUUGAUCACUACUACUGAUGGUGAUACUUCUAUCAACCUUGCUGUUAUUGGACAAAGCAAUAUUUUCCAAGUUGCAAAUCUCAUUCUGAAGCUUUUACCCUCUAAAGACGGCAUGGUUUUGAGAAGGCUAUUAAUGACUGCGGAUACAGGAUCACUAGUAAGAGCUCUAGUUUCCAAGGAGGCGGCCCCCUUCCGGCAUCAAUUUGGCAUGGUCCUUGCUGAUGUGAUUUAUGAGUGGGCAUUUGCUGCUUGUCAGCCUCACAUGGUUAGCCAAAACUUGCAGAUGGAUGAGUCUCUCAGAGUGCAAUUGCCUAUAUAUCAGGCUUGUCUUAGAGACCGCCGGCUAAAACUGAUCUUUAAAAAGGGACUGAAUAAUUUGAGAAGAGACCCAUUCUUGAUGAUUAGGUUUGGUUGGGUUGCCAGCAUGGUGGUUUGCUCAGCUUUUGCUCAAGCUUGUCAUCGGCUUCUGGUCUCUUGGUCCAUGAGAUAUGCUGCCCCAGUAACUUUUGCCCAGAGGCAAUUUGCUGUGGGUACAUAGAUUUUGUUGGUUUCUCUCUCUCUCACUUCUAAUAAAAGAGGCCUUUUUUUCAUGGUGUUUAUCUCUUCCUGCAAAACAAGCCCUCUUAGCUUACCUACCAUAGGAAGCAUCCAAUGCUAACCCAUAUGUAAUAUCAUGGCUAAUGUAAGAUGUUCUGGUAUCCGGUCGUCAUAGGGUACUUCAAAAAUUUUCUAUAAAGAGUUUCAUGUAUAUGAGUAGUGAGUUCCAUAUAUGUAUGUAUUUGGCUUGUUUAGGGAAUGGCUAUUGAUGGAUUGAAAUCCC